GCUCAGUGCCCUCUUUGGACAGUGUUCCUCGAGCCUGUGUGACCAUGACGUUCCAGGCACUCAUAGCUCUGUUCACUCUCUUCAUGGUUCCUGUCCAAGGGUGGAAGGCUCCCUGGUUCUGCCAUGGAGACGACUGUCCCCAGUUCACCGUUGUUCACACCUAUGAGGGCUUUGAGGAGCGCUUCUAUCAUGCUUCUCAUUGGAUCACUGUGGAUAUUGGGAUCACUACACACGAGAAAGUCAAAAAAGCCAUUUCCAAGCUCUUUUUAUACACAAAAGGAGAGAAUGAGGAAAAGAAAAAUGUAAAACUGCCAUGGCCUUUGAUUCUGUCAGUAGAGGGGGAUGAGGAUGAGAAUCAUGGGUCUUUGUCCUGGCCAGUCCCUGUUGGCACUCACCUUCCCAAACCUAACGAUGCCACCAUCAGGGAGACAGACAUGCCCGCUGCCACGGUCUAUGUCAGGAGUUUUGGCGGGGUGGCAUCAGAGGCCGAUGCCCGUGAGAACCUCGAGAAGCUGAAGGAGUCCAUUGAGGCUGCGGGGAAGAGCUUCGUGCCAGACAGAUUUGUGGCUGCAGGGUACAACACCCCCUGGCAACUGAUCAACCAACACAACGAGAUCUGGAUCUUCGCAGACUAAGUGACCCUGGGGUUGAGUUGCGCUUAGAUUUGUUUGAGUGAGAAACACAAGUGUAGCAGGUGUAAAAAGUUGAUGGGAAAAUAAAGGGAACACAAAUGAGAUGAGGUUUAUUCAUGCAUGCGAAAAACCUGUUUCCAUUUAAAUGACAAUGGCAUAGC